GGGUUUUACUGUAAAUAUCGAGGAAAGUGUACCCUGUCGUUUGCAGCCGUGCGCCAACAUAACGUAUCCAAAGUGUGUCCCGUCGAUUGGAAGUUUGGCCGUUUUUGUUUAUCGCGUGAAAAACGAGGCGCAACGGAAAGCUGGUGCGGUGGACGCAUUUUAACCUUAGCCGCCGUGUUGUUGUGUGCGUACCGUGCCGUGCGCUAUGGGCGAUAUUCCAUGGCAGCCGACGAUGAACGAACCGUCGACGUCCCAACCGCAAGUGCCGCGGUUAACCGAAAAUGAUCAACUGUUCGAGGAGCUGCUGGAAAACAUCGUGUACGUGGGCAACCUGCCGAAAAACAUCGUGCUGACCGACCUGAUAGAGCUGUUCAAGUACGCCGGCCGGAUCGAGCGCGUCGCCUGGUACGGCGAGCAUCGGACCGAUAUCAACACGAAAGUAGCGUUCGUACGCUUCCGGCACUCGCGGCACGCGAAGGAAGCGGCCAAAUGGGACCGGAUACGGUACCACGACUCGAUACUGAUCGUGAUGCAGAUAUUCAAGGACCAGUGGUUCGACAUGAGCGUAUCGAUAAUGGUGCGAAACAUACGCGAUGACACAUCCGACUGGCAGCUGUACGAAGCGUUUCGACGAUUUGGCAAAAUAUACGGCAUCCUGAUACCCACGCACGGUACCGCGUACGUCGGCUUCUACUACGAGGGCGAAACGCAAUGCGCCCUGGAGAUGAACAACAACAUGUUCAAUGGCAACAGAAUGCGGGUGGAAAUGUUGCGACGGAAUCUGCCACUGCAGCAGAUCGAUAUCUUCGACAUAACAAAGAACGAGGUCCGGCUGCUCCGCGACAUGCUGCUCGAGGUGGACGAAAAGCUGGAACAGUUUUACUCCGCGUACGAUGAAGCUUUCAACUACUCGUCGAAAGACUACCGCCGGUGGAAGCGGAAGCGACGCCGCGUAACACCCCUGCUGAGCGACUCCAGCUCCUCGUCCGAAAGCAGCUCGUCCAGCGUGUCGGAAAUGUCGAACCGGAGCGCAACCGAGGUACGGCGCAUACUGUGCGGUUCGAACGAGGAGAACCGCUGCCUCGGCAUCUUCGGCAUGAACCCGGACACGACGGAGAAAACGCUGAUGAAGCUGUUCUCCCGGUACGGGCACGUGAAGGACAUCAAGCUGAUAUACGACGGCAAAACGAACGUGUCCCGCGGGUACUCGUUCAUCUACUUUAAGCAUGCCAGCGAUGCCCGCCGGGCGCAGCGCAAGCUGAACGGCACCAUGCUCGAGGGGCGCAAGGUGCGGGUCGACUUUAGCCGCAGUAAACCACACGAACCGCGGGCCGACCGGCGCAAACGUGUGUCACCGACGGCGACGGCCGCCGCUACGGCUGCGGCCGCAUCCACCAGUACCGACCGGUGCUGCCAUCGCCGGCACGGUAGCGCUACGCACCACAAGAAGCGUAAAAAGCGACGCGUAUGCUACUCCUCGUCGGAUUCGGAUUAGGACUAGCAGAGCACCGUACGGAUCGAAACGCUUGCAACACAGGGGAACCUUCACCCUUUUGGCUGCUGCACUAGAGUGGCCACAUCCGGCGGGGAGGUGGCCACACCAAACACACCAUACUUUGUUACUCUUAAGUUUUUUUUUGAACCCUUUUCCGUUUUUUUCUUACUUUUUUUAGGCACAAACACACUGACACACGGAACAGAAAGGAAAAAACAAACCCGAACCGACGCCGGGGGACAGGAACGGAGCACAGAUAGCACUAUCAAAUUUGGAAUCCAUCCUGUCGCAUAGCAAAAAUUCAAAAUCAAUUACAUCCUUUCUUUCAACAAAAUAAUGAUCAGCUUCAAACAAACCCGAAAGUCCGCGCGCAUUCCCAACACACAACUUCAAUUCAAAGACCCCGUCCCCGGUCUAGCACACCUAGGCGGACAGAACAGUCGGUCAGUGCUGCUUCUAUCAAGACCGUGUGUGUGUGUGAGUGUGUAUGUGUGUCAAAGUGUUCCCCCGGCAGUCCGCUGCAACAAACAAAAAAAAAAACGUCAUUUUUAUUCGCCCGUUGGUCAGUUUGGCUUGAACAUUUGAACCGUACAUUUAUUUGUGUAGAUCGUUUUUGUUUAAACACACAUUUUUAUAAGAACCUAGUUUUCUACGCCAAUCUAAUAUUAUAACAAGACUGUUUAAAUCAUCUGCCGAACAGAAAACCUCACCCACGGCAAUGGUCCGGAAGUAAGAAGUGUGGGACGCGAAAUAGGUGACAGGAAAGCUGUAUGUAUGUGGUACACAUAUUUUUAAUAUGUGUGUGUGUGUGUGAUGUAUGUGUGAAAAGCGAUGAGAAUUAAAGCAACAACAACAAAAAAACAAAACUAGACACGAACUGCCGUACUUUAUCCGUGUGAUGUAUGUACCGUGAUGAUAACAAAGGUCCCCCCAGCAGCCCACGUUGCAUUGUUGGCAAAAAAGGGGGGCGGGGGGGGGAUUGGGGGAAAAAAAUUCACAGUAAAGGAUAGGAGAGAGAGAGAGAGAGAGAGAGCGAAAUAGAUGGUAGCAGGAAGAAAUUUAUAAAUAUAAAAGUCUAAACAAAAAAAAAACAACCAACUUAUAGCUACAACACAUGCGCGCGGGACCGAAUAUCCUUUGCUCGGCACUCAAUAUAGGGAUAGUUAGUAGACAAAAGCGACGAGCAAAGGAACGGCGAAAAAGCUUGUAAGUUAGCAUUUGUUGUUAGGUACAUUGAUAGGUUGUUGGACCGCGCGCGUACGAUCACGUGAAUCGUAGCCAUCCGGGAUGUUAAAGUGCUCCUUCGGUGGCGUUUUUUGGUCUCUUCACUACACAUCCGGAUACAAGAUUUAAGGGGUUUUUUAGACGGAUAGGACGGAUCAUAAAAAGUGGAGAGAACAGUUGGGAACCCGCCGCAGCAAUACCGAUCGGGUCUGGGAGGAUCGGUCGUAAAGGUGGCACAAGAAGAAACAAAACAAAAAAACCAAAACAAA